AUGGAAGGACUGCAGUCAGCGAGAAACGAAGAUAUCGAUUCAGGGUAUCAAUGUGGUGAAGAAGGAGGAAGCAUUCCUCAGCACCAAACACCAUCAUCCAACAUUGGGUCCGACAAAGGACAACAACAACAAGGUGGAAAGAAGAGAGAUCACAAGUCGUCGAGUCGAGAGCUUGACAGCGUGCGAAACCAAGGUGCUGCCAAAGGGACAACUGAGCUACGAGAUGAUGACAUUGCAUUUGGCAGAGGUCAUUUCUCUCAAAACCACGAGGGGAAUAUACGAAUGCGAAAGAUCGUUGAAAAGUACAAGAUUCAAUACCAGAACCUUAGAAGGCCGCUGAAAAGAGAGCUCCUUCAAAUAGUCUACAGGGAGAUUACGGAAAAUGGUGCUAGAUUUCUAAGACGAAACGAAGAGAACAAAUGGGAAGUGGCCGGAAAAUCAAAUGCACUGAAAAAAGUCAAUCAGACACUGCAGAGCAAGAAGAGGGUAGAUAGCCCGUCUCUGUUUCUCAGCGAACCGACAAGUAGGGUAAUGCCCAGAUCCAUUGUGGCACCUCAUUCCUUAGAGUCGUCGUUACGGCCAAGAAGCAAUCUGAUGUCAAUGCCGCAGCAUCCAACGAUUCCGAGGAAUCUACUGCUAGGAGCUCAAGAUCUUGGUCAAGGCAUUGGGCAUGGCAUGUUCCUCUGCGAUCCAGCGGGCUUUGUGCCUCAGCCGUACGCCCUUUCAUCGCAAAUCGACUACCAUUUAUUGCAACAAGAGCGGAACCGACAGCAACAACUGCGGCUACACUGUGCCAUAUCAUUGUUGCAACAGACGCGAGCAGCAACCAACGCUGUGUCCUGUCAGCUGGCCAGUCAGAGGGUGCCAACGCGACAGGCUGACAAACAGCCCAUCACCAGAAGUGAUACGCAAGGAGGGAAGGAGCAAACAACCAAGAAAAGACCAUAG